AUUAUAAAAGUAUAUGCUAAUCUACGCUAUAUAGGCACAUAUUUGCGUGAGUGUAUAUAAAUACAUGCAAACAUGUAUCACUUGUCUCUCUCCUAUUGGUUAAGAUAACAGAGAGAAACGGUAUUUUUAGACUUUGCUAAAGAGAUAUUUAAGAGAGAUCAAGAAUCCCACUUUUUGAGCGGUCUUAUCUUUAUUCUCCACCGCAAAGAACCAUUUUGUCAUGGCUUCUGUUGCCGUGAAGCCACUGCCUCUUCUUGGCCGAAGCCUCACUUCUACGGCGGCUUUAAAAUCACCGCCAAUGUUGACCAACGUUUCUAGCCGGCAUUUUCUUGGGAUCUCUACGUAUAACGAAUUCUUUAGACAAAUAAGAACUCCGGCAACUUUAAAUCACCGCCGACAAGUAAGCACGGUGGUAGCUUCGGCAGGAAACUUGACGGCGUCUUCGUGGGACUCGUGGAAGCCAGAUAAGACGGCGGCGGCUACGGCUCUAUUGCUGAGUGAUGUCAUUUGGCCUGCAGCUGGAGCGUUUGCGGCAAUGGCAAUAUUGGGAAGAAUUGAUCAAAUGCUAUCUCCAAAAGGGAUUUCAAUGUCGGUUGCACCACUUGGUGCUGUCUCCGCCAUUCUUUUCACCACUCCUUCUGCUCCUACUGCUCGGAAAUACAAUCUGUUUAUGGCUCAAAUAGGUUGUGCUGCGAUUGGUGUGGUAGCCUUCUCCCUCUUCGGGCCAGGUUGGCUCGCCCGUAGCGUUGCUCUCGCCGCUUCCAUCGCAUUCAUGGUCGUUGCUCGUGCCAAUCACCCUCCUGCGGCGAGUUUACCACUAUUGUUCAUUGAUGGAGCAAAGUUCCAUCACUUGAAUUUCUGGUACGCAUUGUUCCCAGGUGCAGCUGCUUGUGUCAUCCUAUGCCUUCUCCAAUCGGUCGUAUGUUACUUGAAGGAAAACAUAAAAUUUUGAUGAAUCAUCAAGCGAUACACGUACCAUGGAAUGAUAUAUAAUACAGACAUAUUGAUGCAAAUCUUGUGAAAAUAUUUGAUUCAUGUAUAAACUUGAACGAAUGUAAAUGUCUAUUUAAAUACGUUCAUUCAAUAUAUGUAGUUCUCUUUUUAUAUAACGUUGUCUUCUCCGUUUGCUUUUA